AUGGUUGAUGAUAUGAGGAGCACAAUGAGUUUGUCUGUUUCUAGGUUGUCUCGUCUGUCAAGCAAAGAGGGUAAGGCAGCUAUGUUGAUAGGAGAUACGGACAUAGCAAGACUUAUGAUCCAUGUGCAUGCACCUGCACCAAGGAACAGAGGUGAGUUCAAGAAUCAGAAUUCACAGAAUUUCAGAGCUGGACCUGCACAGUUUCAGGGAGUCUGUCGUGAUGGUUCCACUAGUUGCUUCAAGUGUGGUCACAAUGGUCACUUCGUGAGGGAGUUCCCAAAGAAUAGGAAGGGUGGUGGAAAUGGGGGGGGGGGCAAUAGAGACCAAUAUUCUUCAGUGACUCCGGUAGACAGAGUUGCACCUAGAGCAGUUACUUCAGGGACAGGUGGAGGGGAAAACCGUCUGUAUGCUAUCACUAGUUGUCAAAAGCAAGAUAAUUCAUCUAAUGUUGUCACUAGUAUGAUCAAAGGUUUUAGUUUUGAUGUAUAUGCAUUGCUAGAUCCAAGUUCAGGUAUUCAGCAUCAGAUCACGCAUAGAUUGGUUCCCAAUCAAUAUUCAGUAGCUUCAACGAUCAUGCUUCCUCGUAGAGCUUAUCCAGGCAAUACUAACGCAGUUCCUCUAGUCCUAUACUGUGAGGUUACGAAUGCAAAAAAUUUGGAAUGCGAUCCAACUUUUGGCUCAGAGUGUAGCCAACCAGAACAAUCAGCAAGUCCCAAUUCCUACUAA